UUUUUUUUUAUUUAUUUUUUUUAUAAAUAUUAUUAAUUAACGUAUCGUCAUUGCACCAGCAAUAUCAAUAUAAGCCCUUUAUUCCUUUAUCUCCUUAUCCUUGAACACGAAGACGAAUAAGAAGACAAUAAAAAAUGGCAAUGGCGGCUGGAUACCCUCAAUCGCCACCAGCGCGAAGCCCACCGCGUCAACAGCAACAGCAACCGUCACAAAUCAAUUUCGGCACGUUUGCAAGCCAUGUUCUGGCCCUCUUAGAAAAUGGUAAAACUUUCACGUUUACACCGACUACAAAAAAGCGUAUCUCCAAGAAUAUGAUUUCAGAACCCAAGAACUUUGAGCAUUUGAUCCACACAGAAACCGAAGCUGAAGCAGAGUUGAUCUUCAAGGAGUGGAUCCGAAAUCCCAGUGCUGGAAAAUUACCUGUCUCGCAGCUCAAGUUUGACCUUGUGAAACAAGAAGAUUCUGCCACAUUUACUACCCCUCCGGAAACCCUCAAGGGUCCUGCCUUUUAUACGAAACUUAUCAACGCAGAAGCAGAUAUUAAUGGCAGUGGUAGUGGCGGUCAUCAUCAGCGCGAUGCCUCAUAUGCAACCUUCAUUAUUGCUGAAAAUGAUGAAUCCGAAGCCUAUGUAAAGCAUCCAGGCAAUUUUGAUGAAAUCGAACGAUCCACUGUACCCUCUUUGGCCACUGUGGAACAAUCAUCUUCGACCAAAAUCUUUUUUGAGAGUUAUUACCAUCGUUUAUUGACUAACCCCUCGAGUCGUUCACGGCGUCGUCUGCAACUAGAACGACAACUCGAGUCGAUGGGGAUCUCAGAGGCAGAAAAGGCGUUGAAGCGACAGGAGUGGCUGGCAAAUGAGACCGAGUACAUGCGGCUGAUGCGUGAGAAGAUUUCUGUCAAUUCGUUCUUGAUAUUAAAGACAAUUGGUCAUGGUGCUUUUGGAGUCGUCAAGUUAGUUCAGGAGAAGGACACAGGCCUGUACUUUGCAAUGAAGGUCAUGCGCAAGGCUGAUAUGCUCAAGAAGGGUCAAGAGGGACAUGUCCGAGCAGAGCGAGAUCUCAUGACAGCGGCCUCAGAGUCUGCAGUUUGGAUUGUCAAGCUGAUUUAUUCGUUCCAAGACGCAGACCAUCUUUACUUGGUGAUGGAAUACAUGUCUGGAGGUGACUUGCUAAAUUUAUUGAUCGAGAAAGAUAUCUUUGAAGAAGACUUUGCAAAGUUUUAUGUUGCAGAAAUGGUUCUUUGCAUUGAAGAGGCUCACAAAUUGGGAUACAUUCAUCGAGAUAUCAAGCCCGACAACUUUUUAUUCAAUAAAGAGGGACACAUCAAGCUAUCCGACUUUGGACUCGCGACAGAUUUCCACUGGGCACAUGACACAGCCUAUUAUGAGUCUCAGAGACGGGCUCUGCUCCGAAAGACUGGUAUCGAUAUUGAGAACACUGACACUCUUAGAUCACGCAAGAAACCAAACAAUAAUACCAAAGCCGCCGUUGCAUGGAAUCUGGAUGACGAUCAGUAUGCACAGUCAAUAGGUCGCCCACCACCUAACCAAAGCAUCUUAACUUGGCGUGAUCGCAACAGGAAGAAGAUGGCUUUCUCAGUUGUAGGCACAAAUAAUUAUAUGGCUCCUGAAGUACUUCGAGGCACAGGUUAUGACCGUGGAUGUGACUGGUGGAGUUUAGGAGUUAUCAUGUUCGAAAUGUUGUACGGAUAUCCUCCAUUCAUAUCCAAAUCACGGCACACGACGCGCCUUAAGAUCAUUAAUUGGCGUCAAACUCUACGCUUUCCAGCCAAGCCCAAGGUUUCACGUGAGGUGCAGGAUCUGAUUGAAAAAUUAAUCUGUGAGAAGGAAUUCCGAUUAGGCCGAUCACCUCCAGUCAAUAAUAACGCCACCAAACGCUGGUCAACUGUAUCACCUCACUUGAUGCAACAACAGCAACUCUUGCAUCAGAGUCUCAACAGCCAAGGUCUCGGAGAUGCAUCCGAGAUUAAGGCUCAUCCUUGGUUCAAAGACAUUGACUGGGCAAAUCUCCGAUCACAGACUCCACCAUUUAGGCCUGCGCUGAAGGACCCAGCAGAUACUAGAUAUUUUGAUGAGAUGGUGGAUGAUAACCCAAUGGCGGCACCAGAAGGAGAGGAACGGGUGAUACGGGAUCCGCUUUUGGGCAAUAAGAAUGAAGGGAGACGGUUGUUGGAUAUGCGUAAGAAGCUCGCAUUUGCAGGCUACACCUUCCGAGGGUUCCAUGCACCAGGAGGCAAGAAGAACAAGGACGCGAGUGUACUACAAGGGCUCAAGAUCCAUCAGAAUGCAUGGGGGAUGGGUGUCACAGAUUCUGUGCGACUGAGAAGUAUGAGUCUGUGAGGAAAGAGCGUGAGAAGUCGAGCUAC